ACAUAUUUGUGGGACAAAUUGAUUCUGGGCUUCCAGCACGCUGAGGCCGCACAAAAGGGGGGCGGUGGUGCCUGGCACCAUGCGCAGGGUCCUGCUGCGUUGCGGGCGUGGAGCUCAGCUGCAGCAGCGGUACCUCGAGGUCAGUAAGCAGGGGCGGGGAAGCCGCAGCCGCGCCCUCCUGGCCACUCCCCGGCCAGCGGUGGGUGGCGCGCACUCACAUAUGUCCUCCGUGCCACCGCGAUCGCCCACCCCGCGGGCCCCCAAGAUGAAGAAGGACGAAUCUUUCCUGGGCAAGUUGGGCGGCACGCUGGCGAGGAAGAAGAAGACCAGGGAGGUGACUGACUUGCAAGAAGAAGGCAAGAGUGCCAUCAAUUCUCCAAUGGCUCCGGCUUUGGUGGACAUCCACCCUGAAGACACCCAGCUAGAGGAGAAUGAGGAACGUACCAUGAUUGAUCCCACCUCCAGAGAGGACCCCAAGUUCAAGGAGCUGGUCAAGGUGCUUCUGGACUGGAUCAACGAUGUGCUGGCAGAGGAGCGCAUCAUCGUGAAGCAGCUGGAGGAAGACCUCUACGAUGGCCAGGUGCUACAGAAGCUUCUGGAAAAGCUGGCAAACUGCAAGCUGAACGUGGCUGAGGUGACGCAGUCGGAGAUCGGGCAGAAGCAGAAGUUGCAGACAGUCCUCGAAGCUGUGCAAGACCUGCUUCGGCCCCACGGCUGGCCACUGCGCUGGAAUGUGGACUCUAUCCAUGGAAAGAACCUGGUGUCCAUUCUUCACCUUCUCGUCUCCCUGGCCAUGCACUUCAGGGCCCCCAUCCACCUUCCCGAGCACGUCACUGUGCAGGUGGUGGUCGUCCGGAAGCGGGAAGGCCUGCUCCAUUCCAGCCACAUCUCAGAGGACCUGACCACGACCACAGAGCUCAUGAUGGGCCGGUUUGAGCGGGAUGCCUUCGACACGCUUUUCGACCAUGCUCCGGACAAGCUCAACCUUGUGAAGAAGUCUCUCAUCACAUUUGUGAACAAACACCUGAAUAAGCUGAACUUGGAGGUGACCGACCUGGAGACCCAGUUUGCAGACGGCGUGUACCUGGUUCUGCUUCUGGGCCUCCUUGAAGACUACUUUGUCCCCCUACACAACUUCUAUCUGACCCCCGACAGCUUUGACCAGAAGGUGCACAAUGUGGCCUUUGCCUUUGAGCUGAUGCUGGAUGGAGGACUCAAGAAGCCCAAGGCACGCCCUGAAGAUGUGGUGAACUUGGACCUCAAAUCCACUCUGCGGGUCCUUUACACUCUGUUCACCAAGUACAAGGAUGUGGAGUGACAGAGUGGCUGAUUCCCCCGGAACCAUUUCCUAGGCAAGAAAUAUGGGUGUGUCCAUCCACGGUCCCUGCUUUCCCAGGAGACACGUCCCCAAGGAGACCUCAGGCUUCCCAUACCAGCUGUGCGGCGCCCCUCCUCCCUGCUCCCUGCCUGGUUUGGUGGUUGUGUUAAAACCCCUUUCUUUAUGGUCCCCCAGCCAACCCGGUGCUUAAAACACCCUCUCAGGUUUGAGGCCUCACUUCCUCAGGAGAUGGAAAAGACCGAAGCCCUUGCCUAGCCCUCAGCUGGAGAGGGCUGUUCACCUGCGCUCCAACCCGCGGAGCAAUUGCUGAUGGCAGGGCUCAGGAGCCCCGGCUCCAGGGACUCCACCCCACUUGUCCUCAGGAACCCCCUGGGCUGGGCUCUCCGUGGAAGCAGGGUCUUGUCUUAGUAAAAAGAUCCUCACAGUUUU